UCUGAACACGAUAAAUCUCGUAAGAUAUCGCGAUAUUACUUUUCAAGCAGACGAAGCUGAAAUGGCGUCAAAUUUUCAUGGGAAGGAACACACGUUUGUGGAUAGGAAGUUGUGUGAAGGACUGGAGCAUCUGAGAUUGGCCGACAAAUGCUUAAAGACCUCGUUUUUUAAAUGGAAGCCAGAUGUGGACGGAGCCUGUGAAGAAUAUCAACAAGCUGCAACUUCAUUCAAGAAUGCAAAGGCAUAUGAUGAAGCCAAAGAAACCCUCAUUAAACUUGCAAAUUUACAGAAAGAGAAUUCACCAUUCCAUGCUGCCAAGUCAUAUGAGCAGGCUGGAUUAAUUCUGAAGGAAGCGAAGCAGUAUGAAGAAGCUGUGUAUUUGAUGGAGAAGGCUGCCCUGUUGUUUCAGGAGGAUGGCACACCAGACUCCGCCUCUCUCACUUUGGAGAAAGCAGCCAAAAUGGUAGAGCUUGACUUUCCAGAAAAAGCUAGUCAACUGUACAUCAAAGCUUGUGAAGUAGCAGAGAUUGAAGACAAGCCAGGGAAAUGUGCAGAAUACAUAGGAAAGGCAGCAAGGCUUAUGACAAGACUGAGACGGUAUGAUGAUGCAGCAGAGUAUUUCAAGAAGGAAGUAAACUAUCAUCUGGAGGCAGAAAAUUAUGGACUCUUGAACAAAGUUGUUUUAGGACUUGUCCUUGUUCACCUGCACAGAGAAGAUUAUGUUGCAGCAGAAUUAGUUUUCAAAUCCAGUUUGUCGUACCCUGACUUUGGUGCCAGUGAGGAGGCUGCUGCAGUGGAAAAUCUUCUCAGUGCCUAUGAUGAAGGUGAUGAAGAAGCAGCAAGACAAACUUUGUCGUUGCCACUCAUCAAAUACAUGGACAAUGCGUUUGCACGGAUGGCCAGAGAUUUGGUUAUACCUGGUGGCGUUUCAACAUCUAAGUCUGAUGUCAAGAAUACAGGGCCAGCAGACGAAGAAGAUGAAUUUCCUGAUGGAUUGCUCUGAAAACCAUUGUAUGGAAAUACGCAUUCCAUUAGUUUAACAGAGAAACAUUCAUCAUCAUGUAAUUGAAAAUCAUUCCUGUGACAUUGAGAAGAAUUUGAUGCCAUGAUGCAGAAUUUUCUUUUAUAGCAUGUAAUAUAUUAAUGAGAAGGUGUGGCACACAAGAAUUUCAGUGUCUUCUUAUAGAUCCUUGAAUGGUUUUCUAAUGAUAUGCCUAAGGAGACUUCUUUUUAGAAAAACCCAGAAGCAUCGAGAAAUUUAAAAUCACACUCGUCAAAUAAUAAAAAGUUAGAGGGCAUGUGUGGCUUGUUCAAAUAAAAAGUUUGUUUUGUUUAACAACACCACUAGAGCACAUUGAUUUAUUAAUCAUCGGUAGUUUGACAUUUUAAAAUUUAAAAAAGUUUGUUUUGUUUAAUGACACCACUAGAGCACAUUG